GUGGGUGCGUUCGUUUAUGCAGUAACUGCCGCAGUUGUCGUUCGUUUACUUCGUCUGCGAAAGUUACUGCGGCGCAGUUUGUCGUUCGUUUACGCAGUGAUACAUCUCAUCUGAGCAGCUACCUCGAAGGUCCUGCUUUGGAUGCUCUGCUCGCAGUACUGCAUAAACAAACGCAGUAUCACGCAGUAUUUUCAUCGUCGUAUUUUCACUUAUUUACGUGAGAUUGUGCCUGAAAAUUUAAAAAAUGUCAAGUUACUUUAUUAAAAUUGAAAAACAAAAAGGUGGAGAACAACUCCUCAAGAUUGAUCCUACAAAACUAAAAAUAAUACCAGGUGCAGGUUCUACUGCAACUAUUCCUAAUAACACGACGUCGUCUACGAUAAAUAUAGAAAAACAAGAGAAGCCUGAAUUUGAUAAGAAUUUGGAUCCGUCAUUACUUUCUCAAAAUGUCUUGUGUACACCGUCAAUUUUUCCAAGGCUUUUAUCCGAAUCAACUUCACCAGUAGUCCAAGGUUUGGACAAUUGUAAAGUUUUUCGUUUGGUCGAUUUGAAUACAACGACAACUUCGGGUCCUCAAUCUGCUAUUCCAUCAACGAUAACUUCUGAACUUCCAUUUUUCACUGUUCCAUCAACUGUCACACUUUCACAAAGUUCUACGGAUGAUAUGGAUAAUAUGGGAGGGUCAUGUCCAAAAAAACUAAAAAUGGAAAAAUGUUCAUCAUCAGCGGAAGGUGUUUCUAAAGAAAACUGGACAGAAGCAGAGAUACAGCUUUUACUUGAGCAACGACUCAAUAUGAAUCAUAAAUUUGAAAACCCAAACACACGAAAGACACCAUAUUGGAAUAUAAUAGUUAAAAGUUUUCAAGAAAAGGGUUACAAUGUAAAAGCAAGUGAUUUAAUAAACAAAUGGAAAAAUCUCCAAGUUACUUACAAUCGGAAUGUAAGUAAACUGAAAAGAACGGGCGAAAGUGCUAUUACUUGGAAAUACUUUGAACAAAUGCAUGAAAUUUUUGCGGAGAAGAAAAGUGUAAAUCCUGUAGAAGCAUCACUAGGUUCAACUUUCAAACCAAAGACACUUACCUUGUCAGAGGAUGAAUCAACUGAUGUAUGUAAGGAAAAUAUAGAUGUUAAAGAAAAUAUUUUACCAAAAGAGAGAAAAAGAGAACAAUCAAAGAAAACGCGAUUUCAAGAAGAAAUGUUACAACUCUUGAAAGAAAAAAAAUCACAAUCAUUAAAACUCAAAAAAGAGAUUUGGGAAGAUAAGAAAAAGAUUGCUACAAGUAAAAUUGAAGCGAUUAAUAAUCUUAUUGCUGUCUUAAAAGAUGAAAAGAAAACCGCCUAACAUAAAAUGAUAUUUUACAAAGUCAAGUAUGAUCUCCUUAAGUUUUUUAUUUAUUUUCGUUUAUGUUUUUGUUUGUCUUAUUUUAAUAAAAUAUUUAUGUUUUAUAUAAGACAAAUGUUACACUCUUACAAUAUUAAGAUAUUUCUUAUAUUUUUUAUUAAGUAAAAAAUAAUAUUCGGUUAUUAAUAGAAUUAUUGUUUUAUAUAAAAACAUUUAUAUGUAUAUUCGUAUGUUUCUAAUAUAAUACAUUUUAUGCUUAAUUAAAAGUAAUAUAAUACUCAUUAUUCGUUUGUGAUGUACCUGUGAUGUACUUCAAAGUAAAAUAAACAAAUAUCAAAUAUUA